AUGAGAUUAUUCCUUGCAAACUGCAUGCAUGAGAUACUUUUAAUUUCUUUGGUUGUUUUGGAGGUGGAUCACAAAGAGUAUGUUAGAAAGCCAGAAAAUCGUUUUGUGAGUGCAUAUGGUCAUGUUUUUUCUGUGCAGCUUCACAAAGAGUAUGUUAGAAAGCCAGAAAAUCGUUUUGUGAGAUUUUUUCUGUGGCUUGCUACUGCAGUUGGAGCUUUAGAAGUGGUUUGCUUUUUGAUAAUUUGGGUUUUUUUGAUUAAGACGCGUCAAAAGUCUGGUGCAGAUCAACAAGGCUACCAUCAAGCAGAAAUGUGGUUCAGAAAAUAUAGUUAUUCUGAAUUGAAGGAGGUGACUAAAGGGUUCAACCAAGAGAUUUCAAGGGGUGCAGAAGGGAUUGUGUACAAAGGCAUUUUAUCAGAUCAAAGACAUGUAGCAAUUAAGAGACUCUAUGAAGCCAAACAAGGAGAAGAGGAAUUCCUUGCUGAAGUGAGCAGCAUUGGAAGGCUCAAUCACAUGAACUUGAUUGAAAUGUGGGGAUAUUGUGCUGAGGGAAAGCAUAGGUUGUUGGUGUAUGAGUAUAUGGAGAAUGGUUCUUUGGCACAAAAUCUCUCAUCCAACACACUUGAUUGGAGUAAGAGAUAUAACAUUGCUCUUGGAACGGCACGAGUUUUAGCAUAUCUGCAUGAAGAAUGCUUGGAGUGGAUACUGCACUGUGAUAUAAAGCCUCAAAACAUACUUCUUGAUGCUAAUUAUCAGCCCAAGGUAGCAGAUUUUGGGUUGUCCAAGCUACUAAACAGAAAUAACCUCAACAACAAUUUAAGGUUUUCAGUGAUCAGAGGAACUCGAGGAUAUAUGGCACCGGAGUGGGUAUACAACACACCAAUCACCUCCAAAGUAGAUGUUUACUGCUAUGAAAUUGUUCUAUUGGAGAUGAUAACUGGGAAAAACCCAACAACUGGUGUCCAUAGCAAUGCUGGAGAAGAAUCAUAUAAUGGAAGGCUGGUAACAUGGGUUAGAGAGAAAAGGGGUGACGCAUCUUGGCUAGAGCACAUCAUUGAUCCUGCCAUUAAAACAAAUUUCGAUGAAUGUAAGAUGGACCUCUUGGCUAGAGUGGCUUUGGAUUGUGUUGAGGUAAAUAAGGAUCGGAGACCCACCAUGAGCCAAGUAGUAGAAAUGCUUCAAAGCCAUGAUUGUUUAAGGUGUUGAUUUCUU